ACAAAAGUGCAGUAUUGAUUAAAAAUGGCGACUCACAACUCCAGUCAGCCAGCUGAUUCUAGAGUAAACGACUUUCCACAGAAUUUUUUCGACAAGUACAGGAAAAGCGGUGCUACGAGAGAUGGCGGUAAGAUGCAAGAAUGCUUCCGUACAUUCGAUACUGAUAGAGAUGGAUACCUCAAUACUUUGGAAUUUGAUGGCCUUCUUAGCCAGUUAUUUUCAAAAAGAGGAAAGCCUUAUUUAUUAACGGAUUCUCAGAGGACAGAACUGUUCAACCUGGUGGACAGCAACAAGGAUGGAAAAAUAGACAGUGAAGAAUUUAAAAAUUGCUGGCACAAGUGGAUAAGUCAGAUUCUUGAUCCAGUGACAGCCUUGAUAAUUGUUGAUGUCCAGAAUGAUUUUAUCAGCGGCUCUUUAGCCAUCCAAGAAGGGGAGUUGAUCGUUUCUCCUAUUAAUAACAUUCUUGACACCUACAAAUUUGAUUUAGUGGUCUACACUCUAGACUGGCAUCCACAUGAUCAUAUAUCCUUUGUUGAGAAUGUGAAAAAAAGAGAAAUAGACCCAGCGUCAAAGGUAAAAGCAGAGCAUGCAAAGGUACAAGAUGAGGUUAUAUUCAGGAUCCCUGGCUAUGAAGAGGGAAGAAUACAGACUGUGUGGCCGAGGCAUUGUGUUCAAAAUACUGAAGGAGCAAAAUUGCAUAAAGAUCUUAAAUUAUUAAACAAUGCACUGUACAUAAACAAGGGCACAGAUCCCGAUAUUGACAGCUACUCAGCUUUCUGGGACAAUGGCAAAUUAAGGCAAACUCAGCUAGAGGCGGAAUUAAGGAAAAGAAAAGUAACAGAUGUCUAUGUCUGCGGGCUGGCCAUAGACAUCUGUGUCCGUUUUACUUCUCUAGACUCCAUUGCUCAUGGCUUCCGAACUAUUCUGAUAGACAAUGCUUGUAAAGGCGUCGAUCAACAAAGUGUUGAACCAAGUAGAGAACAGAUCAGGAAAAGUGGAGGAUUGUGCAUUGACAUUUGUGAGAUGGGUGAUAUUUAUAGUUUGGUAGACCGACGGCCAGAGAUUGGUCUUCAUGCAGCAAGAACAGCAUUAGGUGGCAAGAAGUGUGACGAAAUAGAGAGGAGAGUCAUUACCCAGUAACCUUCAGGUCAUGGGUCAAAAGAAGGGUCAAAGUUCAAUAUCUACUUAAUUUAUGGCAUAUCCCACUGACUAAAUUCAACAUAUGGAGCUGAAAAUGUGGCAUGAAGUAAGAAUUGAAAUAUUGCCAGAUAGAAAUUAAUUUUGAUUGAAAAAAAGUUUAGUUCACAGUUCAUAUUAAAUCAUGUGACAUAUUAAGAUGCAAUAGAACAUAUUUUUUUAACCUGUAAUAGCAUUACGGAGGGGUUUGUGCCUAUGGAUCAUUCAGAUCUCACAGGCUUUAUUAUGAUCAUUAUUUAUUCUUUCAUUAAUUUAUUUAUUUUGUAGGGGGUAGAGGUAAUGAUAUGCCAAGUAUUCACUUAUUAACUAAACAGACUGCACUGAUAACAAAAUUUUAAUUUGUGUGUAUUUUGUGCUCUCUCAAAUUAUUAUUUAAACAGGGGAAAUAGUCUAAAAUUGGGCUUGUGAAAGUACGGAUGAUUUUAAGUCAUUUUUAGAUGAGGCCAGUCAGCAAAAAUAUUCAGUAUGUUUGAUUAAAAUUUUU